AUGCCCAUGAGCGCGUGCUCGGGCGGGCUGGUGGUGACGGCGCUGGUCACUCUGCUGCUGCUGCCCGCGCAGUACUACGUGCCCGAGUUCGUGCUGCGGGAGGAGCGGCCGCCCGCGCCCGCGCCCGCCGCGCCCGCGCCGCUGCGCGCGCCGCCGCCGCUGCCCGCGUGGCCCUCGCUCGACCUCGUCUACUUCCCCACCCUCGACCUCGUGCUCACCUUUUCGCUGCUGCUGCUCGGCCUGCUGACCUACCUGUGCGAGUGGAUACAGAGGAAGCUCAUGGAGAGGCGGAUAGUUAAGCUGAACCAGUACUUGGGCGCAUCGGUGGAGCGGCUGCGCGCGUGGGACCUGCAGCAGGAGCAGCUGGAGUCGACGCUGAAGAUGGUGCAGAACGCGACGUCGGAGUACAACCUGCUGCUGUACCUGCUGCUGCGCCAGCACCGCUGCCUCGCCAACACCGGCCCGCCCUCCAACUGCUUCUUCGACAAGGAGCUCGACGACGACUUGAAUUUUUUAAGGAACCCGACGCUCGACACGUGA